AUGGCCCAUCCGCACCAGCCUACCCAGAAGUUGCGGGACGCGUGGGCGCGCGUCCUCGAAAACAGCGCAGCCGUAGACACCGACGAGGAUAGCGUGGCCGGUGCCCUCCGAACGCGCAUGACCAGCUUCGAGUACUUGGUUCGUCGAUACAUGCUGCAGAUCCGCUACGGAUGCGACAACGCCAACUGCACUACUCCCACCUGCUUUAGCUGCGUCAAGCGCGCUACGAACAAGCCCGUCCGCCGCCCCUCCCCUCUGACCGCCAGAGCCUUAGCAUAUCACCUCGCCAGUCAAGACGACCCGGCCAGUGGUCUCUGCAAUCCGACGCUCCAAGCCUUCCGCCUCACCAAUACUGCCGAAUUCGACAUCGAAUCCGUCGACCCCGUACGCUUCAAGGUCGACUCACGAUCGUUAUCACAAAAUCUAUUCAAUACCCGAGUUUCGCGAACUCUCCAGGCUUCCGGCGGAUCGGACGAACAAGGCGAGGCCAGUGAAUCUGCAAAUAGCAGUCCGCUCGGCGAGGUCAGGAGAGAUGGGCUGGAAGCUGAACACGAGGCUCGGGUCGUCGACCCUGUACCUACACUUGGAAGCCAUCUCGAGAGGCUAGCUGUCGACCCGCCGUCAACGAGCAAUGGUGAUGUGGCGGUCAAGCCCAAAUCCAAAGCCGCCAACGGAAGCGCAAAUGGCCAUGUGGUUCCUCCAAAUGGAACCGUCCCUGAGCUGGGUCGAGACAGUCUGACCGCAUCUACGACACAGUCUAUCGACGGUGAUUCAGACAGCGGAAAAGAAAAUGCCGUUUUGACCCCGCCCAGUGAUAUAACCCUCGACGGCGGUUCCUUCGCUGGUUCCGACAAGGCUGACAGGCUGACAUCUCGCGCUGCGCGGAAGGACCGGGAUUCAUCGGCGAAGUCGUCUACGCAAAAGGUGAGGGUCCCCUUGAGGGACGACCCGGUUCCAAAGCCCCGGUCUCAGUCUGGCAAAACAAUCUUCGCCACAACCCAUUUGACUUGCGCUAUCAUGGAGGACUUGAAGCGGAUUGCGAUGUCGGAUGGAUCCAUCCCCGACACACGAACGAGAGAUGCUAUCGUAGAACCGACGAGCUCAUUCCUGAACUUUGGCCCCAAGAAGAACUGGCGCAUCGUUGACGAAUGCCUCUUCCGGUGCCUAAGCAAUCCGCGUAUUCUUAUCAAAUCUUUCCGUGAGAAGACCACCGCAUGGACGCAUCGCAACACACCACUUGCGCAUCUGGAUGCGUGGGAGAUGGAGCAUGCUUUCAGGUCUUGGCAGUCCAUCAACGGAUCGCUCAUCUAUGACAGCCUCUGGCACAGCUUGGAAUGUCUAUUCACGCCGCCUCCUGAGCUCAAAAUCAGAAAGCAGCCACGGACGAAAAAGCCUCUUCCAGAUGACAUGCCAAGGCGUGCAGAUGACGACAACCAGACUACCGUGCCAUAUACACCCAUGUGGCUCAUGAUCACGGAUCAGCUGGAAUACGAGCCCGCAGUCCGCCUGGCUACUCGUUUGGUCAGAGCGAUAGCGGCUCGGCGAUGCUUCUUCGAGAUGUUGAGAAAAACAUCCAAAGAGUAUCCCAGAAAGUCUCAUUGGGCGAUGACCAUCGUCUCCAAAUGGGACGAGGACAGAGUCAUGGAUACUUGGUCGAACUGGACCAUUGCUGGCACAUUUGUGGAAUGGAUGAAGACAAUCGUCAUGAAGAACUGGAACGGACAGCACGAACUUAAACGUUGGGAUGCUGCCGGAGCGGCCGCCGAUACCCUCAGCGACCUUUACGACUACUCGAGCCUCAAUAUUCAUCGCCAUAUGUACGAACUUUCAUACUUCAAGUACAAGCUGGAUACCACGGAACUCAUCAAUAGCUACAUCGAUCGCAAAGACGAUCCGAACUAUCGCCACAUCCUGCAUCACACCUUCUUCUUUCCGAGCGGACUUCUGGUGCAGUACUUCCGCGCUCUCAAUUUCUCAGUCAUGUCAAAACACUACACUACCGCGGGCAACAACUACCACCUUCAAGAUAGGUUCGGUCGGCAUUUCCUGAGCGACCAGUGGCGAGACUAUCUUGAUCAACACUAUGCGACUGCAUCUAAUAGAUACCUGUCUUUGGAUGUGCGACGAAGCCACGUAUUGGAAGACACUCUCGAUCAACUAUGGGGACUGGAGAGACGGCAGCUUCUGCUACCACUCAAAGUACGCAUGGGAAAGCUUGAGGGAGAACAGGGUGUAGAUCAAGGUGGUGUUGCGCAAGAGUUCUUCAGGGUCGCUCUCGCCGAAGCGUUCAAUCCUGACAAUGGCCUGUUCACAGUUGAUCCUAUAACACAUGUAGCAUGGUUCCAGCCGUUCUCAUUGGAGCCAUUGUCAAGAUUUGAGCUCAUCGGCCUGCUCUUUUCCAUCGCCAUCUAUAACGGCAUUACCCUCCCCGUUAGCUUCCCUGGAGUGCUUUACCUGAAGCUCAUUGGCAAGGCGGUUCAACCUCAUCAUAUCAGCGAAGGGUGGCCCGACCUUGUCAAGAGCUUCCAAUUCCUGCUGAGCUGCGAAGAUGACGUUGGUGACAUCCUCAGCCGCGGUUACGAGUUCAGCUUCGAAGCACGCGGUCUCAUCAUCAAUAUUAACAUGGAUGCCGUAAAGUCCGAGUUUGACGUACCUUCACCAUACACGAUGCUCGAUGAUGAUUCCGUCGAGAUCACCCCUUCUCCUUCCAAUCCGACUCCCAUAGUCAACUGGCCACCUGGUACCGAGGCGCCGCUCGUGACGAACGCCAACCGAGAGCAGUUCGUCUGCGAUUACGUCGCAUGGCUUACCGACAAGUCCAUCCGCCCCCAGUACGAGGCCUUCGCUCGUGGGUUCCAUGCUUGCCUGCCGCCGGAGCAUGUGGCAUUGCUUCGCCCUUCUCUUCUACAACACAUCGUCGAGGGAAGCACCAACAUCGACACUCACGCCCUCGAGCGCGUCGCCCGCUACGAUGGCGGCUUCGACGCACAGCACCCCUUCGUCCACACAUUCUGGGAGGUCGUCCACGCGAUGAGCCAGGAGCAGAAGCGGAAACUUUUGGAGUUCGUGACGGCUAGCGAUCGCGUGCCGGUGGCGGGCAUCGAGAGCGUGGUUUUCUGGGUCCAAAGGAACGGGCCUGAUGGUGAGGGGUUGCCGACCAGUAGUACCUGUUUUGGACGGCUGCUCUUGCCGGAAUAUGACGGGAAGGAGAAACUGGAAACGAAGUUGGCGAUUGCGCUGGAGAAUAGCAGGGGUUUCGGUGCUGCGUGA